CCGCGACGCGUCGAGCAGGGGCGCCGCGCGUGCGAACCGCCCCCGCGCCCCGCGGCGGGCCGCCCGGGGCCAUGGCCCGGGUGCGCCCCGAGGCUGCUCGGCGCGUGCCUCGCGGGGAAGAGGUGGCGCAGCGGCGGCCUCGCCCGCGAGGUGCUGCGACCCCGAGCGCCCCCCGGCGCGGCCGGAGCGCGGCUGGAGCGCGACCCCGCGCGGCCCCAGGGCCCCGAGAGGAGACGCCAGGCGGCCAGCGCCCUUCUGCCUGCGGAGCGCGCUCGACUGCCGCUGCAAGACCGAG